AUGCACAGCGCUCGGCUUGACAGCUUCCUGGGCCAGCCCCGCGGGGAACUGCCGUGUGGCCGGGACACAGCCCCGAUGCCCGGCCCCCUCCCGCCACCCCCCAAACCCGGCCCGGGGGCCCAGCCCCGGCUCAGGGCCUCGGACGCCCUGGAGGAGGACUCUGCCUGCGGUGCGGAGGACGAGGAGGAGGGGGGCGCGAUGACGGCGGAGGGCCCGCGGGAGCCCGCCAUGGACUGGGACUCCGGCUUCUCCGAGGUGUCAGGCAGCACCUGGCGAGAGGAGGAGCCGCCCGCCCUUCGGCGCCCUGCGCCCCCCGCGUGGCGCCCCCACCGCCAGCGCCUCUCCGCCAUCGGCCUCCCCCUGCCCGGCGGGGCCCCGGUGCCCAGGGCGCCCCCCGCCCACCGGCCGCGGCCCAAGUCCACCCCGGACGCCUGCCUGGAGCACUGGCGGGGCCUGGACGCCGAGGACUGGACCGCGGCCCUGCUGAGCCGAGGCCGGAGCCGGCAGCCGCUGGUGCUGGGGGACAACUGCUUCGCCGACCUGGUGCACAACUGGAUGGAGCUGCCCGAGGCCGCGGGCGAGGGGGACCGCGCCGGGGCGCCCCGUGCCCGUGCGCGGCCCCCCCAGUUCCUGCUGGGCCUCUCGGAGCAGCUGCGGCGCCAGCUGGCCAGGGCCCGCCGGGCAGCCGUGGCCGGGAAGCGCCUGUCAUGCCCCCCGCGCGCCGAGCCCGAGCUGCCCACCGACGCCUCCCGCUUCGCCGCCCUCAUGAGCUGCCGCAGCCGCCGGCCCCUCGUCUGUACCGACAUGGUCAGCUACCUCUGA